ACCUUGUUACCUGACACAUACAGAAAAUGUCUGUAGAGAAAGAUGUGUUUUCACUAGCUUUGAGAACAACAUGAAGUUAUUAGUUUACCUGUGUGUGCUGCUGUCUUUUCAAACAGCUGUUUUUACAGGUUCUCACUCCUUGCGGCUUCUCGUAACUUACAUUGAAGGAGAGAUGCCAUUUCCUGCAUUUAAUGUUUUAUAUAUGUUGGAUGACAUCACAGUUGGAUAUUAUGAUUCAAAGACAAACAUCUAUGUUCCAAGAGGAAAUACUACAAAUGAGGAUGAGGAGGUUAAUUUUAUUCAUUAUGGUAUAACUGAAUUUAUGCGUCCUUUUAUUUCAGGAAGACUUACAGGAAAGUUUUAUAACAAAACAGAAGGUCCUGUAGUUUUACAGAUACUGACUCUGUGUGAAGUGUUGGACAAGGACAAACCCGGGCAAAUGAUCACUAAGACUGCUUUUGAAGGCUCUACUACAGAAGAAAUGUGUUUUAUUGAUGACAUAUUAACAUAUCAAAGCAUAGAAAAACCAUCAACACUACUUUUGGAGAUAUACAAAUGGCAUCAUGUAAAUAUACUUUACCCGCGCUGCACAACGAAUCUCAGGAGUUACCUUAAAAAGAGAGGAACUCAAGGGAAGAGGAGAGUGAAACCGCGAGUCAGACUCAUUCAGAAAUCAAACUCAGAUUCUGGAGGGUUUCGUGUGAGUUGUUUGGCGACAGGAUUUUACCCUCGUCACAUCAACCUGACCCUGUUCAGAGAUGGACAGCCUGUAUCUGAUCAUGAGAUCACUGGAGGAGAUCUGCUGCCCAAUGGUGACGGGACGUACCAGAUGAGGAAGAGUCUGGAGAUCAGUGCAGACAAACACAAAUACACCUGCUCUGCCACACACCUCAGUCUGGACAACAAACUGGACGUCACUUUGGAAUUUGAGCCUGGUGAACCAAUUAAAUCAGUGAUUCUCCCAGUGCUGAUAGUUUUGGUUCUGAUGUUGGUGUUUGGAACCGGAGUCCUCAUAUAUAAAUGCAGGAGGAGACGACCAGUUUUUUUUUAUUUCUUUGAUGUUCUAGCUUCAUCUAAAAGUGAUUAUUCUACUGCUUCUACAUCUGAAGAAAGUUAUGAAACAACACCAACACAUAAAACACAACAGGAGGCCCCAACAGAUGAGUGAAACAUCUUUGAACUAGUAAAUUAAUGAUCUACCAUAUGAUUUAAAGGUGCCCUAGAACCAGUUUUUACAAGAUGUAAUAUAAGCAGAGGUGGGUAGUAACGAAGUACAUUUACUUCGUUACAUGUACUUGAGUAGUUUUUUGGAAAAUUUGUACUUUUUAGAGUAGAUUAAAAUGUGGGUACUUUUACUUUAACUUGAGUACAUUUGUAAUGAAAAAUCUGUACUUUUACUUCGCUACAAUGGGCAACGUUCAUCUCGUUACUUUAUUUUAAUUCAAUACUGUAAAUGUUAAGAAAUGCGUAGUUUAUUCCAUGCGCGCUGUCUCUUUUUUCAUGAACGAUGCCCCAUUCACAAAUGAAUCACUCUUUUGAGUCGAUUCUGUUCAAAGACUUGAUCAAACAAGUUGGUAAAGCUGUCUAAAUUGAUUCGCAAAUCAGUUUGAAUGAUUUGUUCAGUUCCUGCAUGCGCUGAAUCAUUUGAAGCGGUUUCUCACUCGGAGCGGAUGAAGUGGCAGUGGACCUACAGUCAAUUAAAAGCAAAUCUGCAAAUGCAUCCAAUUGUUUGCCAGCGAUGACGAUCUUUAUUAGUUGAGCUGCGUAUGCUGUCUGUGAACAAUUCCACAGGUAACG